CAGAGUGAGCCUAAUUUGAGAACACGGGGAUUCGACAAACAAAGUUGAACUCUCUGUCCUUCUAAACUUGCCUUCAAAAACAGAAAUCUGAGGAUUGGACAUGAUACAGUGCAGCACAGUCACGUGAUACAUAUAAAACGGGAGCAUAUUCGACUGCGCACUAGCAUAUCUUCAAAAACAUCAUCCCUGGGAUAUGGUGUACCGACUUUAAUGAAUAUGGGAGAGGCUGAUGUGGAGGUUGACUACCUCUCCGCCGGCGCGAACCGGCAAACACCCGUUGCGGACUGGCAUCAUGAUGGGACAGUCGCAUUUGGAGCCGACUGGAACAUUGCCCUCUGGAGACCAACGGACUCAACAUCAAGGGGCAUCAGGAGACUGCUAAGUGGCCACUCCAAUACUGUCAAGGCUGUGAAGUUCUUGCCUCAGGUCGCCGGGGAGCCUUUCUCGUACCUGAUCACUGGGGCCGAUGACCGUUGCCUCAAACUUUGGGAGCUGGACUUGGUGACCUUUCAGGGCUCUUGUGUCCAGACCGUGCAAGAGCAUACGGCGGCCAUAAAUUGUAUAGCCGUUCUGCCUCGCGCCCCUGGACCCUCGGCGAGAUGCAUCUUCGCUUCGGGGGCCGCAGAUGCCAGCAUUAAGAUCUGGGAGUUCGAGUCAUCCGCUAUCAAGUUACUUCAGACUAUCAAGACAAACCCCAAGUAUUUCCCCCUGGCCGUGGUGCUUAGCCCCCUGGGUGGGAACAGCGACGAGUUUGUCUUGGCCGCCGCUGGGACAAGGGACACGGUCCAGAUUUAUGUGGCAGAGUCAAAUGAGGCGGGCCCCGAGUUCAAACUUCAAGUGACCUUGUCUGGGCACGAGGGCUGGAUUAGGUCGCUAGAUAUCGUCCCCGAGAAGGAAGAUGCCGAAAGCGAUCUCUUAUUGGCCUCUGCCAGCCAGGACAAGUAUAUCCGUCUCUGGCGUUUCCGCCGGGGGAAGGCACUGCCUGAAAUCUCGGCCGCCGGCGCAGACUCCCCGCUUGGGAGUCUCCUGUCGGAGACCUCGCCGUCGAACAAGGUACAUCGCUUCAAGAUCAUGGCAGGGGACUUCUCCGUUACCUUCGAGGCCUUGCUCCUUGGCCACGAGGACUGGAUCUACAGCGCAAAGUGGCACAGAGGAGCCAGUGGGAAACUUCAACUCCUCUCGGCCUCGGCUGACAACUCAUUAUCGAUAUGGGUGGCUGACCCUACCUCGGGCAUCUGGGUCACCAACGUGAGGCUUGGAGAGAUUACCAAGGAAAAAGGGGGGACGACGGCAACCGGGAGCAUCGGCGGGUUUUGGACCGGUCUGUGGUCGCCCGAUGCGAGCUCAGUCGUGACACUCGGCCGGACAGGCAGUUGGAGGUCAUGGAGCUACGUCGAGGAACGAGAUCAGUGGGUUCAGAACAUCGCCGUGACUGGACACACCAGGGCCGUCACGGGGAUCUCGUGGGCGAGGGGCGGCAGGUACCUCUUGUCAACGAGCGCAGACCAAACCACUCGAUUGCACGGCAAGUGGAAAGGCGGAGGGGGGACGUGGCACGAACUCUCGAGGCCGCAGAUCCACGGCUACGACCUGAACUGCAUCGACACCCUAAACGACACGUCCUUCGUCUCAGGCGCCGACGAGAAGCUGAUGCGAGUCUUCAACGAGCCAAAGGCGGUGGCCAAGCUCAUACAACGGGUCACCGGCGCGACCGGUACCAGCGACGUAGACUCGCUCCCCGACGCGGCCAACGUGCCCGCCCUCGGCCUCUCAAACAAGGCCAUCGACACCACCACCGGCGACCCCAUCGAUGGAGACCCAGCCACCGCCACGGCGGCGCGCAGGUCGGCGGCGGCCCCCGAGGCGGACCACCCGCCCUUCGAGGAGUCCCUCUCGCGGCACACGCUCUGGCCCGAGGUCGAGAAGCUGUACGGGCACGGCUACGAAAUCUCGUGCCUGGCCGCGAGCCACGACGGCCGCCUGGUCGCCAGCGCCUGCCGCGCCAGCAGCGUCAACCACGCCGUCGUCCGGCUCUUUGAGACGCGCCGCUGGACCGAGGUGCGGCCCCCGCUGGCCGCCCACGCCCUGACCGCCACGAGGCUGCGCUUCUCGCCCGACGACGCGUACCUGCUGAGCGUCGGCAGGGACCGCCAGUGGGCCGUGUUCGAGAGGGCGCCGCUGGGCGAGGGCGCGGGCGGGCGGGGUGAGGGCUACGCCGACGACGACGCCGACGGAAAGAGGCUGGGCUAUCGCCUGCUGCAGGCGGACCCGAAGGGCCACACGCGCAUGAUCCUGGAUGCGGCCUGGGCGCCGUUGCGGGAGCCGAGGGUCUUUGCCACGGCCGGGAGGGACAAGCAGGUCAAGAUCUGGGCCACGAGUUCCGGCGAAGAGGCGGCCAAGUUCGGCCUGGCAAAGGUCAUCGCCAACGAGCACCCGGUAACCGCGAUAGACUUCUCCUCGCGGUCCUCCGAGUCUGGGAAGCUGAUCCUCGCUGUCGGCACGGAGGCUGGGAGGAUCCGGAUUAUGUCUCUGCAGGUCGGGAGGGAUGCCAAUGUUGAUGUGGUGUCUGCGCUGGAGUUGAGACCCGAGUUAUGCCUCCCGAAGGCGGUAUUGCAGCUGGCAUGGCGACCGAAAAGGGGGGAGAGUGAGCAGGAUAACAUGGAACUUGCCAUUGCCGGCGACGAUAGUUCGCUCAGGAUAUACAUCUUCAAGAACCUGUGAUGGGGCCAAGAUAGCACGGCAGAGAGCGUCGAAGGGUCGAGGAAAAGUCUUUUAUUAAUAUUAGAGCGUUGGCCUAAUGGCCGGUGUAUUUCACUCGCAGUGAUGCUGCAACUCCCCCUGAACUCCCUUAUCCCGUCUAUCGAAACGCCGGCUUUAAUAUCCACAGGAAACCACCACCUUUAUGUACAUUGGCGAUCGCGUAUUCUCAGGGUCAUUUUGGAACGUGACGACCCCAGAGACUCA